AUGUAUUAUAUGUUUAACGUAUUUCGGUUGCAAAAACACGAGAAGCUCGAGGAACGUUUUGUACCAUAUAAUAGAGUACGUCAUCCAACAACUUACAGCAUCACGUUCGACUCUUAUGCGAAAAUGGUGGAGCUGGUCAAGGAUGGAUAUUACGAGUCCCUUCCUUUCACUUCGGGUGGAUAUACUUGGACGGUCAAAAUCUACCCAAACGGAAACACGAAGGUAGUCGGACUGCCAGGAUUUUGGGUUUCGGUUUAUACAAAAAUCGAUACCUCAAUUUUCGUCACCAACCCACAAGAUUUGUAUGCGGAGAUCAAGUUCUUUGUCUAUGACGGUUUCAAUCGUUUGUACUCUACACACCAAGAAAGUGAGCCAGUAAGGUUUGAUAAAGUAAAUUCGGAGUGGGGAAUGCCAUAUGUCCUGAGUACGGAUUGUUUCAAAAAGGGAGCGUCGAUAUAUAUUUACGACGGAGGGAAAUGUGAGAUUGGAAUAGAUAUCUUAGUUGAUCACCGCUAUCAGAGGGAACUUUUCUCUUAUGACGAAAACGUCACCAACCCCGUUUUCACUUGGAACAUCACCAAUUUCUCUACCCUCUAUCAUCACUCUUACACAUCUAAUACGUUUUCUUCUGGAGACAGAAACUGGGUUUUGAAAGUGUAUCCAAAUGGUUAUGGUGUUGGAAAGGAUAGAUAUUUGUCACUCUACCUGUUGAGUGUGAAUAAUGAAAUCAAUUACGUUAAAGGCACGCUACGAGUUCUAAACCAAAUCACAUCCGGCAAUGUGGCGAAGCAAGGUGAGUGUAUAUCCAAAGGUUUUGUUGUGAACGACUUGCUUCAAGUUCAAGUCGAGAUCAUGGCCUUCUCUAAACGGACUCCAUUUACCUAG